UGCAUUCACAUUUGUGAUAGGAAGUCAUAAAGCUCAUGAGUAUCUCUUGAAAAAUAAGCAUAUAUUCUAUAUUUCACUUUGAUGAAUUGUAUGUUAUGCUUUAUCUUCCACAAAGCCAUGGAAAUGCAGAUGGGUUUCAGAGCUUUGCUUAUUUUGGUUUCUAUUUGGCUUAUAAACAUCGGUGUUAGUAGAGCAACUAUAUGUUAUGAUACAGGGAAUUUCACAACUAAUAGCACUUACGAGAAGAACAGAAACCUGAUUCUUUCAUCUCUUGCUUCUAAUGUCACUCUCCAUGAAGGGUUUUUUUACACUGCAAGUAUAGGUGAAGAGCCUGAAAAAGUUUAUGCUCUUGUAAAUUGCAGAGGGGAUUCUUCUGCAGAAGAGUGUGCUAGUUGUGUAAGUGACGCAGCCAAAGAUAUUGUGAAGACAUGUUUGAACCAGAAAGAAGCAGUGGCAUGGGGAGGCAGUCCUCAGUGCAUUGUGCGCUAUUCAAACAGGUUAUUUUUUGGAAAAAUGGCAAAGGAUCCUAUGGCUGGAGGAAGUUCUGAGAGUAAUAUGAGCUUGAACAUGACACAGUUUGAUCAGACUUGGAAGAGUCUGAUGAAUCGGUUGUUGAGAGAAGCUGCAGCUGGGUCUAAUAAUUCUACAAGAAAGUUUGCAGUUGGGGAGGAAAAUGUAACAGAGUUUGUGAAGAUUUAUGGACUCAUGCAGUGUACUCCUGAUAUUUCAGAGACUGAUUGUAAGGAUUGUCUUGGUCCAUCUUUGGGAUUUUAUGAAAGUCACUACCAUGGGAAGCCUGGUUGCCUUAUUAUGAGACCCAGCUGUAUGUAUAUCUGGGAGUUGAACCCUUUCUAUAAUGCCAGUCCUAUUUCCAUAUCACCAUCUGUUCCUUCUCCAUUAGAUAUCGCAAAAGGCAAAGGACACAUUACAUCUAGGACUAUCAUAAUCAUUACUUCUUCUGCACUAGUUAUUGCUAUAGCACUUGUUGCCUUUGCUUGUGUCUUUGUUAUACAAAGGAGAAAAACAAAGAAGGAGAUCAUAAGCAAGCAGGACACAGAAGAUGUUGAUGAAAUUGACAAUGUGGAAUCUUUGCAAAUCAACUUUGACACUAUCAGAGCUGCAACAAAUGACUUCUCAGAUGAUAAUAAGCUUGGACAAGGUGGAUUUGGUGUUGUUUACAAGGGGAGGCUUCCUGGUGGACAGGACAUAGCUGUGAAGAGACUGUCUAAAGAUUCUGGACAGGGAGAAGCAGAGUUUAAAAAUGAAGUCCUCUUGGUGGCCAAGCUUCAACAUAAGAAUUUGGUUAGACUUUUGGGAUUCUGUUUGAGAGGAAAUGAAAGGCUUCUCAUUUAUGAGCUUGUGCUCAAUUCAAGUCUAGACAACUUCAUAUUUGAUCCAAUAAAGCGUCAAAUAUUGGAUUGGGAGACUCGAUACAAAAUCAUAAGGGGCAUAGCACGAGGACUUCUUUACCUUCAUGAAGAUUCUAGGUUCCGGGUUGUUCAUCGUGAUCUGAAAGCUAAUAAUAUUCUUCUAGACACCGACAUGGUUCCGAAAAUUUCAGAUUUUGGAAUGGCAAAAUUGUUCGAAAUGGAUCAAACUCAAGGGGAUACAAGUAGAGUUGUUGGGACCUUUGGAUAUAUGGCUCCAGAAUACCUCAUGCAUGGACAAUUCUCAGUCAAGUCUGAUGUUUUUAGCUUUGGUGUGCUGGUCCUGGAAAUCAUCAGUGGUCAAAAGAACAGAUCCUUUCGUAAUGAAGAACAAGUACAAGAUCUAUUAACCUAUGCAUGGAGAAAUUGGAAGGAAGGGACAGCUUUAAAUCUGAUAGACCCUACUCUGAGAGUUGGUUCUAGCAGUGAAGUGAUGAGAUGUAUUCACAUUGGGUUGCUUUGUGUACAAGAAAAUGUCUCAAACAGACCUAAAAUGGCUUCGGUUGUUCUCAUGCUCACUAGCUGCUCUCUAUCUCUCCCAGUUCCCUCGAAACCGGCAUUUUUCAUGCAACCGGACUCGGAGAAGGAUGAUACAGAAUCACCUAUGCUGGAUCACAGUCAAAAUCAUGUUCAAUUGUCCUGGAAUGAGGCUUCAAUUACUGAGCUAGAAGCUCGUUAACAUGUUUUGAACACAUGAAAAGUCUUGACAAGAAGCAUUAUUAUAUCAUAAACAAGCCUUAUUUGUAUUGAAUGUACUUGUUCUAACUAACAAGGGUAGAGCUCAGUUAUGGAAGCUUCAUUUACAGAUGAAGGCAUGGAUUUACCUGAAGAUUGAACUGCUUCCCGGCCCAACUCCCAAGUACUCUGCCCUGACCUGCUUCGAUCGUAGAAUCCUGGGCAUUUUGGUGAUGGCAGCGUUACAGAGAAACUGCUAAGCAUGAGCAGUACAGCUGCUAUCAUAGGUCUGUCUGCUGGAUUUUCCUGAACGCACAAUAAUGCGAUAUGGAUGUAUCGGGUGACUUCAUUUCGAUUAAAAGAUAUGCCUAGAGCUUGAUCUGUUAGCUCCAA